AUGUCUCGACACGGCGACUACCGUCGCUCUACUGGGGCUCUCAACGAGGACCAUUAUUCGCGUGAGCGUCACCGCCACCGUCACCGUUCACGUGGACCCCCGGUACUCGAUCGCCCCCGUCGUGUCGAAGAGGAUGAUCGCUUUGAAUAUCGCCUCAAGGAAGAGGAACGAUACGGCCCUCCCGCCCGUCGCUCCGAUGUGUUCUACAAGGAUGGUCAUUUAGUCUACCCCUCGGGGCCGCUGGUCAUUCAUGAACGCCGUCAUGCGGACAGUCCCCCGCCUCGCCCGCGCCUGCUGCGACGACAGUCCUCUUUGGACACCUUUGAUCGUGUCCCAUCGCGCAAAAUCGAUGAAUAUUACUAUAGCGACUAUCCUCCCAGAGCAGCUCCCAGUCCCCCGCCGAUGCGGAGGCGGGGCUCAUUUCACCGAGCCCGCGAACCGGAUUACUACGAGGAGAUUCGCAUCGCGGAACCAGAAUACUAUGGCGACGAAGAGUACCGGGAGUUCCGCGAACGGGAGCGGAUCGUGGAGCGCCCACGUCGCUCAAUGAGUCGGUAUCGUGAGAGAAUGGUAGAGGAAGUUGACGUGGAGAAACCAUAUCCUCGGAGAGGCAAAACUCGCAUGCCUCGCAAGCUGGUCCACACCAGCGCGAUCCGCGAGUUUGGCUAUCCGUAUGAGGAAGAGGGCAAGAUGCUCAUUAUUCAGGUUGCUCUGUCCAAAGAGCAGAUUGACGCGGUCAUCGGUAGGAGUCGCGAGAUCAAGCACAUGACCGAGACUCGUUAUAAGCAUACUCCCUCACCGUCGCCCGUCCGUGAAAGGCGCCGCGACCGCACGGUGGAACGAAUUGCCAUGGAGAGUUACACCCCCCGUACAAGCCAUGAGACUUUGCUCAUCGAGCCGUCCCCGUCACGACGCCGGUCGCACUCGCGCCACCCUCGCCAUCACCAUGAUGAGCUGUCGGAAAAGAAAGUGACAAGGACAGUCUCUCGGACGCGAACGUUAUCGGUCCAGGGUCGCCCUCGCCGUCGGUCAUCGCCCGUGCCUAGAAUCGAGAGGUAUGACGAUGGAGUACAUUUCAGUAAGGUCCAGUCCGGCCCACUUGCUAUCGUCGUGCGCCCGCGCGAUAGCGAUGAUGAUCUGCGAGAGUACGCGCAAAUCGAGCGACGUGGCGGUGGAGAGGUAAUCAGGACCACGGACAUCAUUGGCGACGGCGAAGAGGAAGAGAUCACCGAAGUGAGAAGGGAUCGCAGAGCAAACUCGAGUCGCAUCAUGGAUAAGUUCCAGGCGUUCGGAAAGAACCUCAGCGCGAGCUUCUCGCCCUUUGCUGCGCGCACUCAGCAGAUGAUCAAAGAGCAGCUGGGCCAGGCAGAGGACAGGACUCAACUUCCCGAUGAGUACAUCGAGCUGGAGAAGCGCGUGGAUGCCCUGAAGAUCGUCCACCAGAAACUUCUUCAAGUGACUUCCCAAUAUUCCAACGAGGCCUACGACUACCCGCCUAACAUCCGUGAAUCCUUCAACGACCUGGGCCGCACCAUCAACGAGAAGGUUACGCUCCUCUCCCAGGCCUCCUCGCCCGCAGAGGCCCAGGCGGCCCUGACGGCCCCUCCCUCGGCCAAGCCGCAGCCCAAGACCUUCAACCACGCUAUUGCCCGCGCCUCCCUGGCAGGAUCCCAGACCCUGGCGCAGAACUCCCGCAACGAGGACCCACUGGCCACCGCACUGGAAAAGUACGCUUUGGCGGAAGAGAAGGUGGGCGAGGCUCGUCUGGCUCAGGAUGCUCAGAUUCAGUCCCGCUUCCUGGCUGGAUGGAACACCACGCUUAACACGAACUUGAUGUUCGCGGCGAAGGCGCGCAAGAACGUUGAGAACGCUCGUCUUAUGCUUGACUCGGUCAAGGCCAGCAAGAAGGCCGCGGCCAAGGGUGACUGGGACAACCUGAGUGAGGAGGCUCGUCAGGAGAUCGAGCAGGCGGAGGAUGAGUUCGUCGGACAGACCGAGGAGGCUGUGAGCGUGAUGAAAAACGUCCUCGACACCCCGGAACCCCUGCGGAACCUGGCCGACUUGAUCGCGGCGCAGCUAGAGUUCCACAAGCGGGCGUACGAGAUACUCAGCGAGCUGGCUCCUGUUGUUGAUGGCUUGCAGGUUGAGCAAGAGGCCAGCUACCGUAAGAGCCGUGAGGGAGCGUAA